AUGGAAUCCGACAAGAUGCCCUUUAUAAUCGCCCAUGAGUUCUUUGACGCACUACCUAUACACAGUUUCCAAUCUGCCCCUGCUGCUACCCCUCAACCAAAGCCCUCUUCAUCUACUUCAGCUCCGCAGCCACCACCCGAAAAUACCAAGCCCACCAUGGAAUGGCGAGAGAUGAUGGUGUCGCCUACACCACCGGGCAUCACUCACGCUCAGCUCGGAACACCAAAGUCGGAGCAGCAUGAGCCCCCCCCUGAAUUCCAACUUACGCUUUCGUCUACCCCUACCCGCCACUCUCGCUUCCUCCCCGAGACCUCUACUCGGUACCGCAAGCUCAAGAGCAUGCCCAACUCGAAUAUUGAAAUCUGCCCGGAUGCUUCCAUCUUUGCUACAGAUUUUGCGACUCGUGUCGGUGGUUCAGAUGAACAUCCCAAGACCAAGCCUAGUGGCGCCGCUCUCAUCCUUGAUUACGGAACCUCAGACACUGUCCCUAUUAACUCACUUCGAGGCAUCCGUCACCACAGGCGCGUGAGCCCCUUCUCCGCGCCCGGUCAGGUUGAUCUAAGCGCUGACGUUGAUUUCACCGCCAUUGCCGAAGUGGCUAUGUCGGCAAGUGAGGGCGUUGAGGUCCAUGGUCCUGUCACCCAGGGCGAUUUCCUUACAGUAAUGGGCAUCCGUGAACGUGCCGAACAGUUGACCAAGGCUCCCAGUGUAGAGAAGGACGCCGUUGACAAGAUCGAUGGGGCCUGGAAGCGUCUUGUUGAUAAGGGUCCAGAUGGUAUGGGGAAAUUAUACAAAGUGUUGGCCAUUCUGCCUGAAAACGAUGGUCGAAGGCGACCAGUUGGAUUUGGAGGUGAUAUCUCAGGUUAG